GAGGGUCAGUGCUGAGCGGGGGGGAGAGGGAGGCUCCUCGCCCAGCUGCUGGGGAGAGAACGGGUCCCCCCCGGGAUCUGGCUCCCUCUGCUCGUGCGGGCGGGGGUCUCCAUUGCGGCCCCUGCUGCUUAGCGGUUCUGAAGGAUGACUGACGUUGGUUUGUGUGAUGCCACUCGGAGCCUUUGUCACUGUGGACUGAUAAGUAACCUGCAGGUUUAAACAGUACAGCAGGGGGAAGAGCAUCAGGAAUGCCACUAGCUUCAGCUCCUUAACUGGACAAAAGUACAGUGUAGCCUAUCUACAAAGGGAGAGUCUUCAACUGAUUUAUUUUUUGCAGCUAAUAAUAAAGACAACCUAACAUCAUCCACCUUCCUGGUUUACAGUGCUUCACCUUCCAAGACAGAUGGUGUGUCAAAAGCUGUAAGAUGCCUGCCGAACACACAAUAAUGAAGUAGUGAGCUGCUGCUGCCUAAUUGUCAGGAACACAGCUGACAGAACUGCACUACCUGUUUUCUGCUCCCUUAAUCGGUCCAGGAACAGCAGGGUGGACAUGGCUGGCCUCAUUAACAACCUGCUAAUACUGUUGCUUGUUUUUCAAAAUAGCUGUUUGGGUUUCAAAAACCCACUUUCUGUCUUUAAGAGGUAUAAAGAUACUACUAGAUCUCUUUCAAGUGAAUGCCUUGGAAACAACAGGCCGGUGAUUUCUCUUGGUCUAACCGAUUUUGCAUUGGAUAUUCGCAUGCCUGGGGUGACUCCUAAGCAGUCUGAUACCUACCUCUGCAUGUCAUUACGUCUGCCAGUGGAUGAGGAAGCCUAUGUAGUUGACUUCAGGCCUCAAGCCAGCAUGGACACUGUCCAUCACAUGUUACUCUUUGGAUGUAACAUACCUUCUUCUACUGAGAAUUACUGGGACUGUGAUGAAGGAAUAUGCACAGACAAGUCCAACAUUUUAUAUGCUUGGGCAAGAAAUGCUCCUCCCACCAGACUACCGAAAGGUGUUGGAUUCAAAGUUGGAGGAGAAACAGGUAGCAAAUAUUUUGUGCUCCAAGUACAUUAUGGGGAUGUCAGUGCAUUCAGAGAUAAACACAAGGAUUGCUCUGGUGUAACGUUACAUCUGACACAUCAAAGGCAACCUUUGAUUGCUGGCAUGUAUCUUAUGAUGUCUGUGAAUACAGUUAUACCACCAGGGGAAAAAGUGGUUGAUGCAGAUAUUGCCUGCCAUUAUCAAAAGUAUCCAAUGCACCUCUUUGCCUAUAGAGUUCAUACACACCGAUUAGGUAAGGUGGUAAGUGGAUACAGAGUGAGAAACGGUCAGUGGACCUUGAUUGGUAGACAGAGUCCACAACUUCCACAGGCCUUCUAUCCUGUGGAACACCUUGUAGACAUUAGCUUUGGUGAUACUUUAGCAGCUAGGUGUGUUUUCACUGGUGAAGGUAGAACGACGGAGACACACAUAGGGGGCACAGCCAGCGACGAAAUGUGCAAUUUCUACAUUAUGUAUUACAUGGAGGCCAAACAUGCUGUUUCAUACAUGACCUGUACACAGAAUAUAAACCCAGAUAUGUUCAGAAACAUUCCACAGGAGGCAAAUAUUCCUAUUCCAGUCAAGUCUGAUAUGAUCAUGAUGACACAUGAACAUCAUCAUGAAGAAACCAAGAAAACAGAUGAUAGUUCUUCACUGAAGCAGCCAAAAAGAGAAGAGGAAGAGGUUUUGGAUCAGGGUGAUUUCUAUUCACUCAUUUCCAAGCUGCUAGGAGAAAGGGAAGAUGUUGUUCAUGUGCAUAAGUAUAAUCCUACCGAAAAGGCAGAAUCAGAUCUUGUAGCUGAGAUUGCUAAUGUAGUCCAAAAGAAGGAUCUUGGCUGGUUUGAUGCCAGAGAGGUUACAAAUCACGAUGAAAGGGCCAAUACUAGUCUCGCCAGAAACAGAAUUCACAAAUUUCACAGACUAGAAUCCACCAUGAGGCCACCAGAGAACAGACAUUUCUCUUUACAACAUGGUGAGGGAAGCUGGGAAAAAGAACAUACUGGAGAUUUCCACAUAGAAGAGGCUGUGGACUGGCCUGGAGUAAACCUCAAACUAGGCCAGGUUUCUGGGUUGGCCCUGGACCCUAAAAAUAACCUGGUUAUUUUCCACAGGGGUGAUCAUGUGUGGGAUAGAAACUCAUUUGACAGUAGCUUUGUUUACCAACAAAGAGGACUUGGACCAAUUGAACAGAACACAAUUCUUGUAAUAGACCCAAGUAAUGCAGAAGUUCUUAAUUCCACAGGCAAAAAUCUAUUUUAUUUACCACAUGGCUUGAGUAUAGAUAAAGAUGGUAACUACUGGGUCACUGAUGUAGCUCUCCAUCAGGUGUUCAAAUUGGGAGUACGUGAUAAAGAACCUUUAUUGAUCCUGGGAAGGUCUUUGCAACCAGGCAGUGACAAAAAUCACUUCUGUCAACCAACCGACGUGGCCGUGGAUCCAGUCACAGGCAACAUUUAUGUGUCUGAUGGCUAUUGUAACAGCCGAAUUGUUGUGUUCUCUCCAAACGGAAUGUUCAUCAUGCAGUGGGGGGAAGAGACUUCAGUAGGCAAAGCCAAACCUGGCCAGUUCCGAAUCCCUCACAGCUUAACACUGGUACCCGAGUUUGGUCAGCUGUGUGUAGCAGACAGGGAAAAUGGACGAAUUCAGUGUUUUAGGUCAGAAACUGGAGAAUUCACAAGAGAAAUCAAACACAAAUUGUUUGGAACAGAAUUAUUUGCAGUUUCAUAUGUUCCAGGUGGUCUGCUCUUUGCAGUUAAUGGAAUGCCGUAUCCUGGAGACAUAGAACCAGUGCAAGGAUUUAUGAUGAAUUUUUCCACUGGAGAAAUAAUGGACACUUUCAUUCCCGUUAGAAAGAGCUUUGAGAUGCCACAUGACAUUGUUGCUUCAGAAGACAAAACGGUGUACGUUGGAGAUGCUCAUGCCAAAACAGUAUGGAAGUUCACUUCCACAGAAAAAAUGGAGCAUCGAUCAGUUAAAAAGGCUGGUAUCGAGGUGCAGGAAAUAAAAGUCUCACCCAAAGCACUCAGCAGAAAAACAUGCAAGGAAGUGCAACAAAUCCAGGCUCUGGCAGAUGAGGGUGAAAAGCCUGUGGCAGCACUGGUAAAAGAAGCAGAGACAGUUAUAGAAGCCAAACUGAAAAACAAACCUAUUUCAACGGAGUCUUCAAAGAAGUGGGAAAAACAUCAUAUGGUCGAACAGGCCAGUUCUGGAAUAUCCUUUGUUCUUAUUACAACUCUUCUAAUUAUUCCUAUUGUUGUCCUGUUGGCAAUUGCUGUAUUUAUUCGAUGGAGGAAGACAAGGGUCUAUGGAGCUGAUGCUGACCACAAACUUGAAUCAAGUUCAGGAAGAAUCUUGGGCAGACUUCAAGGAAAAGGUAGUGGAGGCCUUAACCUUGGGAACUUCUUUGCAAGCCACAAAAGCUACAGUCGGAAAGGGUUCGACCGACUUAGUACUGAAGGGAGCGAUCAAGAAAAAGAUGAAGACGAUGGUACAGACUCAGAAGAAGAGUAUUCAGCUCCCCCACCCCCACCAGUAUCUUCCUCAUCCUAAAACCAGCCUUUGAUUUCUUCUACAUUGAAUGAUUCUACCAAGAACAUCAGAUUCCUUUUCCCUUUAGCACGUUUAAGAUUUUGUGUAUUUAAUUGUAAACUGUACUAGUCUGCGUGGGGCUGUACACUGGGAUUUUUUGGUUUUAGUUUGGUUUUAGUUUGGUUUGGCGUUUUUUUUAAGUGGAGGAGUGUGUGGAAGUUUCAUAUCAGUGCCGUUGUCUUUAUGUAAACAUCUUAAUAAAAGAAAACAAUCCUCUUUUAAUGGCAGUACUGAUUUAAAGUAGUAGUAUUUUCUCAUUUCUGUUUUGGGACCUUUUCUGUAUUUGUAAAUAAUUCCCAUUAUCUGGUUUAGCACAAUAUUUUCAGUUGUCAGUUUUUCUUUUGUGCCUUUCCUGUUCAAUGUCCUUAAACUAUUGCAGUACAGAGAAACAUACAGUGCCACAAGAAAACAAAGCUGCUAAAUCUUCUUCUAUUUUUUUAAAAUCACUAACAUAAUAUUGCAUUGAGAAAGAGAAAAAAAGUCUCUAUUUAAUUCUUUUUUCUUCCUCCUUAGUUGGUGUGUUUCUGAGAUGUCUUAUUUUUAGAUAGUAUUACUGUUAAAAUACUAUUUUCAGAGGAUGAAUGUAAUUUGUGUAAUAAAGUGUUCGCAGAGCAUUUGCUGUCAGAGUGUACUUUGGAAUUUUUGCAUAUUUGAAGAUUUUUUGUAUACAACUUUUGUAACAAAACACAGUCCACUUCAUACAGUGAAAAACAUGCUAUUUUGUAUGAGUUGGAAGAUAUUUUGUUAUGUAGCGGGUUUAAAGGGGGGAAAAAAACCCAAGACUAAUAACUUACAUACAUGUAUAAAAUCAAACUUAAACAUUUAAAGAGGAAUCUUUCCUGUAUAUCAAAACUGCAGGGUAUUUAUUUUAAUAAAACAUGAUCAGCACUAAGAGGAAA